AUGAGAUAUCCAAGCACAGUUGAUAGAAAUAUUUACUUAGCUUACAUAAGAAAGGAAGAUGUGUUUAAGAAAUGUGAUCAAUUAUUGAAUUCAAUUAAUUUGAAUUGGGAUUUUGACUAUCCGAAAUCGCUAGCUGAAAUUUGUCUCAAGACAAUUGCUGACAAUUGGUCAAGUUUUCCGUUGUUCUCUGAAAUCAUUGUGUGUGAAAAUCGUUGUUUAUUAGCUGAUAUUCUUGAUGUUGAAUCACUUCCAUUAGCAGAACUUUGUAAUCAUGUCAGGGACGAUGCUUUUUGGAAGCGAAUGUUUAUCGUUAAAUGGCCGAAUUUAAUCAAAAAUAUUAAUUGUGAAAAGCUUUGGAUUGAGAUAUAUAUUGAAAAAUAUUUAUCAGAAUCGAUUGAAUCUCUUAAACCAUCAGACUACAACGUCGAAGUAAUGAAGAGUUUAAUUGAACUUUGCAGUCCUUUUGUGAAGUGUUUAAAAAUCGAUCAUCUCGAAGCUGCAAUAGAAUCAAAUGAACCUGCGAAUGAUCACAUUCCAUUUGAUGUUAUUCUGGAACAUUUAAGCGAAUUAAAAUAUUUAUCGAUAACAUUUGAUUGUAAAACUAUCAACACACAAUUCUAUCUUGGAUGUACAACAAUAACCGACAAUGACAUCAAGAAAUUCGUCACUGGCUUAGCACACACUGACCUUUACGAAUUUGAAUUUCACAGUUCAAAGUUGAAUGCAAUCAUGUUGACACAGAUUGGACGAGCUUUGGAUAAAUCGUCGUCAUUGACAAAAAUUUCAUUGGGAAAUUGUCGAUUUGGUGAUGCAGGCUUAUUAGCAUUUAGUCGUGUUUUAUCUCAUGAUUCCUUACCAAAUAUUAAGCAUAUUAUGUUGACUUCCCAUGGUGCAAAACUGUUGGCUAACAUCUUAAGAAGAAGAAAGAUUGAAACGAUUGACCUGAAGCUAAACCCAAUUUUGGCUGAAGGCGCGCUUCAUAUUUUAGCGCUUGUUAAUAUUGUUGAUCUUGUUUCACUCAAUUUAUCUUCAUGUUCCUUCGACAGAUCAAUUGAAGAAGGUUUAAUUUAUGUUCUCAAACAAAACAAAACUUUGAGAAAUUUAAAUUUAUCAACAAAUAAAUUGGGAGAUGCUUUAGGAAUUAAGAUUUUUGAAACUUUAAAAAAUAAUUUCACGUUAAGAAAAUUCGACAUUAGAAACACUGAAAUUAAUUUUGCAACAAAAUGCGACAUUGAUACGAUGAUUCUUGAGAAUCGCGAGAAAAAUAAUAAACUUAGUUAA